AUGGAAAUGGACCAGGAGGUGUUUUUCCAGCCAACAACGACGGUGGACAUACCGGCAAAAGACCUUCUCUCGUGGAUCUUUGACAAUGUCAAGUAUUCACAAGAUGAAGCGAUUUACAUUGACCCCGUCGACCCAAGCCGUUCCGUCAGCUCGAGGCAGGCUAAGACUCUGAUCAGGCACCUCAUCGCCGGGUUCCGGUCCCGGAAACUGGAGAGAGGCGACUGCGUCUGUAUCCACGCGUUCAACAAUGUGGGUUCGCCUGGCACAGGUCUACAUCAUCUUCUCCCCAUCAUCGGAGCAGGAUUCACCUGGACUGGGACAAACCCCGGCUACACAGAAUACGAACUGCAGCACCAUUUAAAGACGUCCAAGAGCAAGCUCGUCAUAGCACAGCCGGAGCUGUACGAUGGGAUCCUAUCAGCCGCCAGAUCUUGCAACAUAUCCCCGGAAGAUGUGCUCAGGUUUGAUUCUCUAUCACGGGGGGAGGUUUCUUCGACAUCAUGGCAAACUCUGCUACAACAGGGGGAGCAGGAUUGGGUACGGUUCGACGACAUGGCCACCGCACAGUCUACACCCGCUUGUAUCCUGUUCAGCUCAGGAACCACGGGUUUGCCCAAAGCUGCUUGUCUCUCGCAUCACAACCUGAUCGCCCAACACACACUGCUCCACGAGCAAGUCAAGCGAAUCCUCUGUCUCCCCUUCUUCCACGCCGCGAUGGCCAUAAUGGCCCACAUCACGCCCCUUCGCUCUGGCCAUAUCGCCUAUGUGAUGACUCGAUUCCAGCUCGAGGAUUUCCUCCGCUUCACCGAACAGUAUGAAGUAACCGAGCUGUUCGUGGUGCCACCAGUCAUCGUCUCGAUCCUGCAGUCACCCCUGACGGCCAAAUACUCGCUGAAAAGCCUCCGAUCGGGCAUGACGGGCGGCGCCAAAAUCGACCUGCUGUCUCAGCAGAGAUUUACCGCCCUGAUGCAUCCGGACGGCUGUAUCAACCCUUGCUACGGCAUGACCGAGAUCAGUUGCAUCGGCGCCUGCCACCCGUGGCCCGCCGUCGACACAGAUGGAAGCAUUGGCUACUUUCUGCCAAACCUUGAGGUGAAGCUCGUUGACGAUGAUGGACGCGAGGUCAAGGCUUACAACAAAACGGGAGAGAUCUGGAUCCGUGGACCGACAGUGAUCAAGGGAUACCUGGACAAUCCGGAGGCGAACUCCUCCUCAUUCUCUGCAGGAUGGUUCCGCACUGGCGACGUGGCGUAUUGCGACCAGACGACCAAGAAGUGGUAUAUCGUGGAUCGGAAAAAGGAACUAAUCAAGGUACGCGGCUUCCAAGUCGCGCCUCCCGAGCUCGAAGCCGUGCUCAUGUCACAUCCCCUCAUCGCUGACGCCGCCGUGAUCGGCGUGCCGUCCUCUGAUCCGGUCGACGGCGAACUGCCCCGCGCAUACAUUGUACGAAAAACGGACCGACGAGACGUCGGCGAGACCUUGAACGAAGACGGAGUGAAACAGUACGUCGCAGUCCGUCUAGCCAAGUACAAACAGCUGGGUGGGGGUGUUGUCUUUGUGCCGGCCCUGCCCAAGACGGCCAGUGGGAAGUACCUGAAGAGACAUCUACGGGAGCUUUACAAGCAAGAGACGGCGGGUUCGAGCUCAACGAUAAAGUUGUAG